AUGGACCAGCUCCGAUCGCUCUUCCAGGCCUCCCUCACCACCGAACCCGCCACCCGCCACCAGGCCGAGGCAGCACUUGGCGCUCUCCAGGCCAGCCCGGGCUUCCUCAGCACGCUCUUCUCGCUCGUCGCCUCCCAGGACCAGCCCCUGCCCGCCCGACAGGCCGCCGCCAUCUACCUCAAGAACUUCGCAAGGGCCUCCUACGACGGCCAGACCAGCCUCGCAAAGACCACAGUCAACCUCCUCGGCUCAAACGACUUCCCACUCGUCCAGGCCGGCCUGCUCACCCUGCUGGAGAUCAUGAGACUAUACCGCUGCUUGGAUCACGCUAACUCGAACAUCGGAUCACUGCUCUACCUGGCCCUCAAGAUCUACAAAACAUCCAUCACCGCCGAACUCCCAAUCUUCCAGCAACAGCAGAUCAUCCCCUGGGGCCAACUCUUCCUGGCUGUCAUCCGCAAAACUCUCAAAAACUCGCCCGGCUUCCCAGGCGACCCUGAUGAGCAAGACAGGUGGGGCUGGUCAAAAGCUAAGAAAUGGGCUUAUUUUAUCUUGAAUCGACUCUACUCCAGAUAUGGCUCACCAUCCCAACUGCCGUCCAACAUGCUACAAUACAGACCAUUUGCAGAGAACUUCAUCUCAUCCUUUGCGGGGCCGAUCUUGAGACUGUACCUGGAGCAGGUCGAACUAUUCAUUCAAGAGCACGAUUGGAUGAGCCGUAAAGUCAUCUGUCAUACCAUCAUCUUUUUCGAAGAGUGUAUUCGACCCAAGGAGACAUGGUCCGUUCUGAAGCCACAGGUCUCAGUACUCCUGUCCCACUUCAUCUUCCCAUUACUUUGUAUCACCGAGGAGGAGAUCAGCGAGUUCGAGAACCAACCAGAAGACUAUGUGCGCUCCCAAUUCGCCGAAUUCUUCGAAGAUAUCUGCUCAAAUCCGAGCACCAUCUCAGCCGGCUUCCUCCUCGCCCUGGCCAGCGGGCGCAAGAAGACCAUGUUCAUGAGCCUACUCAGCUUUAUCACCGAUGUAUGUGCCAAAUACCCCACCGGUCACACUCCAAGGGAUAAGGAUGGCGCUCUUCGCUCCCUGGCUCACUUAGCCACCGUGAUCACAGAGACGAAAUCCAUCCGACCCAAUAUCGAAGAGUUUUUCUCAGCUUAUGUUUUCCCCGAGUUCCGGAGUGAACACGCCUUCCUAAGAGCUCGAACUUGUGAAGUCGUGCGGAAAUUCGAAAUUGCUGGAUCGGAAUGGUCAAAACAGGAACUACUUAACACGGCCUACCAAGGUGUCACUCAAUGUUUAUCGGAUCCCUCCUUACCAGUCCGAGUCCAAGCUGCACUCACCCUACCUGAACUUUGCGAACAUCCCCAGGUUCAUGAGGGUGUUGCACCACAUAUCGGCCAGAUUAUGAAAGGGCUCUUGGCGCUCUCCAACGAAGUCGACCUCGACAGUCUCACACAGGCCACUCGUAGUUUAGUCUCCAAGUUCUCCGACGAACUCCUGCCAUUUGCAGCCGACAUGGCUCAGGCCCUCCAUCAAUCGUACAUGAGGCUCAUGUCUGAGAUUGCCGAGGCACGCCGACAAUCGGGAGAUGAGGAUGACGACUCGAGCGAAGAGAAAGUCCUGGUUGCAAUGAAUAUCCUCAAAACUUUGCAGCAACUCGUUGUCGGCUUAGAGGGCAAUCCCAACGUGCUCUAUCAGGUUGAAGCCGCUUCAAUCCCUCUAAUCAAAUACACUCUGAAGGAAGAGAUAGUUGAGAUUUAUGACGAAGCAUUAGAAUUGCUCGACUCCACACAGUUUGCAUUGAAAACGAUCACGAACGAGCAAUGGGAGCUAUUUGAUAUCAUUUACGAUGUCUUCAAGACUUCCGGUGCCGAUUUUGUAGCCGAGAUGUUCCCAGCCUUAGACAACUAUCUCUCCUAUGGUGGCCCAUACAUCUCAAGCCAUCCAGACACGCUGAACAAGAUGCUGGAUAUCUAUUUGAGCACGAUGACCAGCAAAACUGCGAGUUGCUCGGACCGAAUAAUCGCUUGCAAGUUAGCCGAUAGCGUGUUGCUCUGCUUGAGAGGGCACGCCGAUGGGGCCGUGCCGAUGUUUCUCGAACACACCAUGAGAAUUAUCCAGCAAGGGAUCACGACCAUCGAUCCGAUCACCACCAAGGCUUUACUGAUGCAUGCCCUCGAAGUCGUCCUCAACGCGAUCUACUAUAACCCCGGGCUGUCAAUGGACGUGUUGAUCAAGAACGGCUGGAGCUCCGAGUUCUUCGGCGAGUGGUUCAGUCGACUGACAUCCUUCAAGAGAACUCACGACAAAAAACUCGGCCUCUUGGCCAUCUCCGCCAUCCUCUCCAUCAGCAUCAACGAAGGGGUCGAUAACAUUCUGGCCCAAAGCUCCGGUCAGCUUGUCUUGGGCGCCCUCACACUCUUUGAGACCUUACCCGAUGCGAUCCGAACUCGUUUCGAGCUCGAGAAAAGGUAUAAUCUCGACUCUGAAGAUGGGAGUGACUUGUGCAGCCAUGGCAGCGACGAAGAUGAAAAUGGGGAAAACGAUGAUGAAGACGUGAUUGAUCAACCGGAGGAAAUAUAUCGAGGCCAUCUGACUUCAUCCCGAACCAAAACUCAUGCGAACCCUGCCGACGAUGUUACCAUACCCCCUAGCUCUUUAUGGAGCGACGAGAUAUUGUGGGAGACCCCUCUGGAUCGAUUGGAUGCUUAUUGCGAAUUCGCUGCCGUCAUGAAAAAUAUCGAGACGAGUGGCCACCCGGUCUUGAACAUAAUCACGAACAGUUUGUCGACUGAGCAACGAGAUGGAUUGCAGAAAAUCUUGAAACAAGCGAGCGAAGGAGGUGAACAAAUCAUGAAAGGUCAUAUCCAAGAAGCAGUCCAAGCCAGUCGAAGCUGGGCUCAAGAAAUCAGCUAA